AUGUGGACGGUCUCCACGGCAGCUUCGGGACGAUCCGUUGCUGAUCGAAUCGGACCACAGCAGAUGGGGGAUUCGGGUCGGUGGUCUGCGCCUGGCGCUACAGGGAGAUGGUCUGAGCUGCUUAGGCGGAAACAAGCCCGUCCCUUGCCUUUCGGUGCUCGCUCUCCUUCCCUCCGUCUGGCGACGAAGCCUUCCUCCCGUUCUCCGAGUCGGCGCCUGCGACUCUCUAGAGCCCUAUCGCUUUCCUUCAUCACCAUUUCUUCCUCCUCUUCUACCGUUUCACCAUCAUCAACUCCAUCUUCCUCUUUUCAUCAGAGGGCUCACAUUUUCUCCCCUUUACGGCCGUCGGAACAAGGCCGCAAGCACCAACGUCCUCGCUUCACCAUGAAGCUGCAAUCGACAGUCUGGGUUCUGAUCUGUGCCCUUGUGGCGCUAGCGACGGCGGCGACAGCGUCGAGCGCUCAUCGCGACACACUCCAUCAGCAUCACAAGAGUUUCCUCCAGAGCGCCAAGAGGGUGAACAGCUCUCACCCAGCCGCUCAGGCCGAUGAGAGCGCCAAGUGCAAACGAGACGUCGGGACCGGAAUCGGACACGGAGUUGUCGGCGGCGACUUCGUUCGUCGCCACUCUUUGGCCCCGCGCAACAGCGGUCAUCAUCUCGUCAACGAUGCAGGCAAGGGGUACGUGUCGCUCUGGGACCAGAACCGUGACGGCAAGCUGUCGCUCGGGGAGCUCGAGUUUGCCCUGGACUUUGCCUUUGAAGACCCCGAGCGCGGUCGGACUGCCCGUCUGGUCAUGGGUUCUCCCGAAGCCAAGGACAUCCUGCGCGUCGCCGACGUCAACGGUGAUGGCUUCCUCACUGCUCAUGAGCUCCAGACAGCCAUCGAAGGCGAAAUCGCCGCCAGGGCUCGCCGGAACGAGAAGCCCACCUCAGCUGACCGCGACUGCACAGCCGUCAACGCCAAGAUGGAGACCUGCGCCACCCAGGACGUCCUCACUUGCGCCCCCUACGCCGGCUUCGCAGAGACGUCGUGCCGUCUGGGACGAAAGACUGAGGUCGAAGCCUGCAUCCUGGAAAACAAGUGCGGAGACAUCUGCGGCUGCCUGCAGAAGCUCGAGGCAAAGGCCCUAGCUCGCAAGGAUCUAGAGGGACAGGCGCCGAAACACGAUGCAGAGACGGACACCAAUGACAAUGCCUCCGGCCCGACCAACGGCCGCAAGGAGAAGCGACUCAUCCCAAUCUUUUUGGGCCUCAUAAUUGCGGAGGCUACCGCCACCGAGAUCGCCGUCGGCAUCACAUCUGCCGCAAUCUUGGCAGCGUCCGCCAUUAUCUUGCAGACCAAGGACAAUCUCGAACUGCAGGCAAUAUCGCCUUUCAUGGAUACGGUCAUCUGGGACGGCAACGGCUCUCCGCCACCGUGCUCGAACUACAUCUUCUGGUCCACGCAGUGCGGCGCUAUCCGUAGCUCCAAGGCGAGGAACUGCAAGCCUCUCGGGUCGCGAGUUUACGGCAACUCGUGCCUCGAUGGCCUCCGAACCGGAUCGAAAGCUUGCGGCUUCUUGUAUCUCGGCUGUCGCUCGCUGUGCUGGAACAGCAACACCGAGGAUUGCUCCUGCUCGAUCUUCAACUACAGGCCGGACGUCGACGUCUUCUACCCGGGCCACGUCAUCGGAGCGUACAACGUGUCCAAGAUCUCGGAAUGCGCCGGCAUCUGCGACCAGGACACCAAGUGUGCGGGCUUCGAGGUGCCGCCGCUCUCGACCCACAACGCCGCCAAUUGCUACACCAAGGACGGCCAUGACAGCGUCAUCGCGCAAGUGGGCAACACCGAGUUUGUCCGCAUCGCCCAGCCUGCGGCCGACCCCAGGCGCAACACGUGCGGGCGCGGACGCGGCUACUUCGACAUGAUUCCCUACGGCUACGACUGGGGCCCGGUCGGAACGUUCCAGCGCCGGUCGUUGUCCGAGGAGACCGGCGAGGCUUCUCUUGGAAACGUCCUCGUCACCGCCGCCCACAGGCACGCAGAGUCGCGGGGCAUCCAGGCGAGGCAGCAAAAACCCAAUGACUACGACUACCGCUACGUCGCGGGAAGCCUCUGGCUCGCGCUUCAGAUCUUUUACCGGUCCAGGACGAGCCCGGCCGCAAUCGCCAACCAACCGAUCCUCAACGGCGCUUACAACGGGGCCGAGUGGGCGACCCUACAGACACCCGAUGUGAUUCCCUUUGACGGCGUCGCGAUUGGCUCUAUGCCCGCUUACGCUGCCCAGCCGAUCCAGAACACUGACGGAGGCGGCUGGAACUUUGUCGAGCUCCAGACGCGCGUGGAACAGGUGCACCGGAGGAUGCUCGAGCUCGGAUCGGCCAGCGCGGUUCUCGAAGAGGUCCAGCGAUCCGGCGACCAAAACUACAUCAACUACUCCGCCCCCAACGAGCUCCUCUCCAUCGUCCAGAACAACGACAACGUCAUCAGGUCGGUCAACGCCGACGGAAGCACGUGGCAGUUUGGCGGGCCCAUCCCGACUCGCCCCAACGGUCAGGCCGUCAACAACGUCAACCCCGUGACCAAUAUCGCGCUGCCCUACGAGACGCGCACCAACUUCUUCCAGCGGGGAGCCGUGGGCCCGCUCACGGUCGAGGCCGCCUUCAUGAUCGGCACGCAGAUGGCCGGCGUGCACUACGCCAACCUGAGAGCCAACGCACAGAGGGCUGAGGCCGCAGGAACCGGCGCCGGGGACACCACGGGCAGCUUCGUGUACGGCGUCAACGGCAACGGCCUCACCCCGGCCGUUGGCACCGACGGAUGCAUCACGACGACGGUGCCCGGCUACGACGAGAACGGCGAGGAGGCGAUUCGCAACAUGGGCGUCGUCGCCUUCGACUGGACCGUCAACUACGCCCAGGACACACGCGCCGGCAUGUACUUCAGCUUCGACAUGGACCCGGCGGCGGGAGAGGACCAGCAAAACGUGCUCCUCUUCAUCGUGCAGCCCGUCGACGCCUCGAGCUACAUUCAGGAGCCCGAGGGCGAUCAGAACGCCGGCUACACCAACCCUCAGUACGCCAGCUACGUGCGCAUCGCGACCAAGGCGGCCAACCAGCGCAAGAACCCGCGGACGCCCAUCCCGCUCGGGAGCAACACGCCCGCCAACCCGGCGCCGCGCACGCGAGCCAUCGCUCACGCCCACGUCGCCGUCGCCCGACGAUCCGACUGGCUCGGCUGGGUGUCCGAGGGCGGAAGCUACCCACCGCCGUACACGCAGAUCGGCGAGAUGCACCUCUACCUCAACCCCGAGGACAUUGCCGGCUACCAGUAUCGCUACCAGAACCGCGGCGGCAUGAACCCAGACGGUUCCGCCGACGGCAGCCUGGGUCGCCGUCAAGACGACGGAGGGCUGAACGCCGACCUUCUCGGCCCCGUUGCCAAGGCACCAGGCGCCGAGGCGGUUCAGAGCAACCACGAGCGACGAUGGAUCGACACCACGUCGGGCCUGCGCGCCUCGGUCAAGUCGGCUCUGUCGUCAGGGGUCAGGAAGAUCUCGGGCAUCCAGUUCACUGCCCGCGCUCCCCGCCUGGACCUGUGA